AUGCGCUCCGUUGCGCGCCGGCUGCGCGGGCGGCGGCCGCAUCCGGCGGCGUCGUGGGUGUUGCUGCUGCAGCUGGGCUUGCUGGCCGGGCGGAGAGCGGCGGGGGCCAGCGGCGGAGAGCUGGCCUUGGCGGCGGAGUCUCACUGUCGAAAUUUGAAGGCGAUGGAUGUCUUGCGAAUGUCGGAGUCGAACUGUUACUGCUACGUUCCGGACGGAGUGAUCCAUCUGAAAAACACGUGGUCGAGUAUUCAGGUGACCAUCAAUAGCACGGGCACAUUCAGGGUGAUGCCCGUCCCCGAAGAGAGUCACUGCCAGAGCGCAGAAACGCUGCUUGCCUUUUUCAAGUGCAUCAUUCGAAACAUCUGGCAGUCGGGGGCGUCUAAGGAAACCGUCGUCACGGUGGCCCAGUACGGAGAGCAGACGUGCUUCCGGGUCCAACCAGAACACCAAGCACCUUACACCAUGAACAUUCAACAAACCAUGUUGGAUAAGAAACUUUUCCUCUCGUUCGUCGCUGGAGGCCUUCUUUUCCAUUUUGCUCACAACCUAAGUAGAAGCGUCACGUUCUAUUAUUCUGCGGGAGUUGCGUUUGGUGUUCUCGCCACUUUGGUCUUCCUCCUUUUGAUGCUUAAAAGGUUUAUUCCCAAGCUCAGCACCUUCUGGAUUUUGAUGAGCGGAUGCUGGUUCUGUUCUCUCUAUCUUCUUUAUACUCUGAAAGAGGAUUUGAAACAGCUCUGGUACGAUUCCACGCAAUACUUCCUGGGAUACGUCCUGAUCGCCGGAUCCGUCAGCUUUGCCCUUUGCUACCAACACGGGCCGCUUGCCAGUGACCAAAGCAUGAACCUCUUGAUGUGGAUGCUGCAGUUGGCGGGCUUGGUUUUAAUUCAUUUGGGCACCGCCAUCCCUCAGGUUGCGUACGCAGCGGUCGCCACCCUGCUCUGCUCAAAAAUCGCGCAUUACCCACUCCGAGUAUUCUGCAGCGUCGGCAGAAAAGCCCGUCGGUACUUCAGAGCCGAAAAGCUAGAGUGUCGUUAUCUGACCGAAGAGGAGUACCAAGAACAGGGCGAAUCAGAAACUGUCAGAGCUUUGGAGGAGCUGCGGGCCUUCUGUAGGAGCCCCAGUUUCCCCUCGUGGGUAGCCGUGGUGAAGCUGCAGUCCCCUCAGAAGUUUGCGAACUUCGUCCUGGGACUUCCUCACGUGUCGCCAGAAGAAACAAAGGCCCACGACAAACAGUAUGGCAUCGGAGGAGCCCUCUUAGAGGAUCAACUUUUUACCUCAGACACAGAGUCGGAACCGGACCGACAAACAGGUCCCUUUCAGGAGGAGGAGGAGGAAGAAGAAGAAAGGGAACAAACGCAGCCACGAAACAGUUUGCUCGUCCGUAGCAGAGAAUUUCUUUGAGCCACUCGUCUCUGUUCACAGAAAACGGGCAAAAUACACAGUCCAGAGUUGGGAAGUUCCACUUGCUGGGCUGUAGAGGGCAGCCAUGACCUCUGAAGGACUGACUCCCGCUCUGCCGGCCCUCACAGCUAAGAUUGCCCGGGGGAUUUGGGGGAACAUCUGCGGUCCCGAAAGGUGCCCUGCAGCCAGCUGUUCUACAAAGUGAAGGUGUUUUUGAACUCUGAACAGGAGACUGGCAGGGAGAAUUUGCCUCCAGUCAGCGUCUCCGCUUACAAACUCUACCCAAGGUGCUGAGCAGGGUGUGCCGGGAGGGCUUUUGAGCAGAGAAAACUGGCACAGAUUAGGCACUACAAAGCUAUUUGUGUGAACUGUUUUUAAUUCGUCCACACCAGGUGUGAGGGGGAACCAAGGCCUGGUCUAGACAUGCAACGGAAUGAGGUCGGAGAGUACUGAAGCGGCCGAUUGGUCUGCGCUGCUUAUGACUGAAGGGGAGCGGAUUACGUUCUUUGAAGAUCCACACCCUUAUUAAUUCCCUGUGAGUGGGAAAUUAGCACAGUGUGUCAAGGGCGAAGCCAGAACGUCCCUCUUUGAAGUGGUCGUUUUCUGGUUUGUAGGGAGUUUUUUACACAGAGGAGCAUUUUUUAAAAAUGCAGCUCUCCUCACCUCUGGCGUGAAGUGUGGGGGCUCAUUUUCCGCCGCGCGUGAAGACCAGGUCUCGUAAUUGUUGCCUUUGCGACAUCACAUAUAUCUUCU